UAACGACACAGCGUUUAGCAAACCUUAUCAUGCUUACCUCCUCUUAUCUUCUCUCUUUCGUAAAAGCAAUAGCCUCGCCAUAUAUGCAUAUAUAAAUGCAAGGAAUCGCAUUCUGAUCUCUUCAAUUCUCAUUGUAAAAUCUCCUUUCCUCUCUUCCCAUUCUCCCUAUCAUUCUUUUCAAGUUUCCAUUCACCAGUCCCUCUCUUCAUAAUCCCUAAUUAGCCAAACCCUAACCCUAAUUCUCUGUCCUUUCUUUUUAAAAAGCAAAUGGCUCCUCCAAUGAAAUUUAGCAGGGUACACAAGGAAUCAGAUGAACCGGAGGCUCCAUCGAACAAUCUUUGGGUUGGUAACUUGGCUCCGGAUGUAACAGAUUCGGAUCUUAUGGAUCUAUUUGCGAAAUACGGUGCUCUUGAUAGUGUAACCACGUAUUCUUCUAGAAGCUACGCCUUCUUGUACUUCAAGCAUGUGGAGGAUGCCGCAGCUGCUAAAGACGCGCUUCAAGGGACACUGCUUCGUGGAAAUCCUGUCAAAAUCGAGUUUGCGAGACCGGCCAAACCCUCUAAGAAUCUGUGGGUGGGUGGAAUCAGCCCAGCAGUUUCUAAGGAACAGUUGGAAGAAGAGUUUCUAAAGUUUGGUAAAAUUGAGGAAUUUAAGUUUCUUAGAGACCGGAAUACUGCAUUUAUCGAGUAUGUCAAACUGGAAGAUGCUUUAGAAGCCAUGAGAAGCAUGAACGGAAAACGACUUGGUGGUGAUCAGAUACGAGUGGAUUUCCUUCGGUCACAAUCUGUAAGAAGGCAGGAACAAUUGCCCGAGUUUCGUGACUCAAGAGACAGCCAGUUUUCAGUUGCACACUCUGGAGUAAGACGAUUUCAGCAUUCUCAGACUUCAGGGGGCCGAAAGGAAGGUCCACCCAGUAAUGUAUUAUGGGUAGGCUAUCCUCCUUCUGUGCAGAUUGAUGAACAAAUGCUCCAUAAUGCAAUGAUUCUUUUUGGUGAGAUUGAGAGAAUAAAGAGCUUCCCAGCAAGGCACUAUUCAUUUGUAGAAUUUAGGAGUGUUGAUGAAGCUCGGCGUGCGAAAGAAGGCUUGCAGGGCCGGCUUUUCAAUGACCCUCGCAUUUCAAUUAUGUAUUCAAGCAGUGAGUUGGCUCCUGGUAAAGAAUACUCUAGUUUUAAUGCUGGAGGUAAAGGCCCAAGGCCAGAGAUUUUUAAUGAAAAUCUGUUUGGGUCUAACCAACUAGAAGUAUUGGAUCAUCAUCGUCCUAUGGGGCUACAUACGUUGUCUGGACCAUUACCACCAAGUAAUAUUCGCAGACCGAACCUACAGCUGCGUCCUUUUGGUCCUCAAGGUAGCUUUGACCCUGUGCUUUCUGGUGCAGAAUUUAAUGAUUUGGCUCCUCUGCAUAGUUUCCGUGAUGGGAAUUCCAACAUUCCAACGGGGCCAAACUGGAGAAGGCCGUCUCCUCCUGCAUCUGGGAUCCUUCCAUCACCAGCUUCAAGGGUUAGGCCACCAAUGCGGUCAGUAUCUACUGGAUGGGAUGUGCUUGACCCCAGUCAGUAUCAGAGGGAACCAAAACGGUCAAGGCUUGAUGCUUCAUUGCCCAUUGAUGAGGAUGCUUUUCCCUCAAGAAAUAGGUUUGGUCCUCCUGCUGAUGCAGGUAUUUCAGGUCCAUUUGUGAAUGUUCAAGGGAAGCGUAGUGCUAGUCCGGUUGGUGGAAGGGCUGCAGGAGGACCACACCAACAUCGUAUUGACCAUGAUUUUAUUUGGCGAGGUAUUAUAGCUAAGGGUGGAACACCAGUAUGUAAUGCUCGUUGUGUCCCUUUAGAUAAAGGGAUGGAUUUAGAACUUCCUGAAGUCGUUAAUUGCUCAGCCAGAACAGGACUGGAUAUGCUCACAAAACACUAUGCCGAGGCCAUUGGGUUUGACAUUGUCUUUUUCUUGCCAGAUAGUGAAGAUGAUUUUGCUUCUUAUACUGAAUUCCUUCGCUAUCUGGGUUCUAAAAAUCGCGCUGGUGUUGCAAAGUUUGAUGAUGGGACGACACUCUUUCUGGUGCCUCCAUCAGAUUUCUUAACCAAUGUGUUGAAAGUUAAAGGUCCUGAACGUCUCUAUGGUGUAGUACUCAAGUUGCCCCAGCAAACUCCUAGUAGUGCAUCAAUACAGCCACAGCUAUGUCAGCCCAACCAUAUACCUCAGUAUAUGGAUAGACAUCAGAUUCCACCACCAGAGAUUGAUUAUAAUCAAAUUGCUCGGAAGGAGGAACGUUUUACACCAAUGGAUUAUAACAGGAUUUUGCACGAGGACUCGAAGCCUCCAUCAAAAAUAUUUUAUCCACCAGCAACUGAGUCUAUGACGGAGCAGUCGGUACAUCAAGCGUAUGCUUCUAAUAGCACUGUAGCAGUUUCGCAGGCUGGAGUUUCUUGGACGCCUGAGCUUAUUGCCAGUCUUACAUCUUUAUUGCCUGCAAAUGCACAGUUGUCUACUUUAGAAGGUGGGCAACCAGUGUCAGGCUCCUUAGUUGUUGAUAAAAGAACUUUGCAUGGAUGGAAGCAUUCUGGAAACACGAGUCAUAUGCAGUAUGGAAGCCAGUUCAAUUCUGAGUCGCAAGCUCCAUUGUUAUCGCAGCCUUAUCCAUCGAUCUCCAGUGCACCUAACAGUUCAGAAAUUAUGGUCCCUGGGACUGCCCAAAUCCAAGAUUUCUCUGUCAACCUACCGCACCAGGGUGGAAUUGCAUCUAGGCCAUUGAACAGCGUUAACUUACCUUCUCAAGGUGGGCAAGUUGCUUUGCCACCACAUGUCAGCCAGCAGUAUCAGCUUGAGGUUCCUCAUCAGAAGGCCUAUAGUGGGAUGAUGCAUGGAACAGAAGGAUCUUAUAGUCCAUCAGUUAUUCAGCAAUCUAACAAUCCUGUUGUCUUCUCUAGUCAGGCUCAGGGUGGUAAUCAUUCCCAGACACAAUCUGGGUUGCCUUUAUCUUCUGACAAAGUAAAUUGGGAGGUUUCCAGUCAACUCCAAACUGCUCCUUUUGUUGCUGAUCAGGGCACAUCAGAGGUUGAGGUAGACAAGAAUCAGCGAUACCAGUCAACAUUACAGUUUGCUGCAAGCCUCCUCCUCCAGAUACAGCAGCAACAACAGCAGCAAACAGGUAAUCCAGCAGUGCGAGGAUCUGGAAAUCAACAAUGACAUUCCUUUUAUAUAGGUAGUUGGGCCAAUUGUUGUUGUUAUCUGGAUCACAAUCAGCUGGCAAUGAGGGCGUAUGAUAGCUUUUUAUCAAAAAGGAGGAGUUGGCUAAACGUUUGGACUCGCUGACUCGUUAGAAUUAGAUGAAUAGCAAAGAGGCGCUGUAAAAUUGGUUUCUUUCGCCCAAGAUAAUGGCUCCUUUCUUUUUUUUUUUUUUUGGGUCUUCUCUUAUUGAACCUUUAAUUCUGGUUUAUUUAUUAUUUGCCCACUUUGAUGGUUUCAUUAA